GGGCCAUGGCUGCCGAGUGGGCCCGGCGGCUCUUCCUGCUCGGCCUGGCCGCCGCCUACGCCGCCGCCUUCGCCUCGCUCUACGUCCAGAGCCCCGGCCUUUAUGGGAAAGAUGGCAUCCUGCCAGCCCGCAAGAUGCUCCGCGUCACUGGUAAAGGAUUCUGGGAGCAGCUUUGGGAUUCGCCCACCCUGCUGUGGUUGGGGCCUCGGCUGGGGCUUGACACGGAGCAGGGCGUGGAGGCGCUCUGCCUCCUGGGGGUGCUGCUCUCCUUUGGGGCCUUGAUCCUGGAGCCCCUGCGCGACAGUCUCCUCUUCCUCGGUCUCUGGGUCCUCUACCUCUCUCUUUAUCAGGUGGGCCAGGUGUUCCUCUACUUCCAGUGGGACAGCCUCCUGCUAGAGACAGGCUUCCUGGGGGUGCUGGUGGCUCCUCUCCACCUGCUGAAGUGGCGCUCGACGCCCUGGCGGGCGCAUGACGGGGUGACCUUCUGGCUGGUGCGCUGGCUGCUCUUCCGCCUUAUGUUCGCCUCGGGGGUGGUGAAGCUGACCAGCCGCUGCCCCACUUGGUGGGGGCUCACAGCCCUGACCUACCACUAUGAGACGCAGUGCAUCCCGACACCAGCAGCAUGGUUCGCCCACCAGUUGCCCGUCUGGUUACAGAAGUUCAGCGUGGUGGCCACCUACGCCAUCGAGAUAGCCAUCCCACCCCUCUUCUUCGUGCCAGUCCGCCGCCUCCGGCUGUUUGCCUUCUACUGUCAGGUCCUCCUGCAAGUCCUGAUCAUCCUGACGGGCAACUACAAUUUCUUCAACCUGCUGACCAUCGCCCUCUGCUUCUCCCUGCUGGACGAUGACCACGUCGGGCUCUGGCUGGGCCGCAGCCGGAAGAAGGCGGGGGCAGCCUGGCCCCCCCGGCUGCUGACUGUCCUGACCGUGCUGGCCGAGCUGGGCACCUACAGCUUACUGUUCUACUGGACCGCCUGUCACUUCGGGCUGAAGGUCAACUGGGAGAAGAAGCUCCUUGAGUCUAAGACAGCUUUCACGUACCACGAAUUCAUGCAGUGGCUGAAGAUGGUGACGCUCCCUCUGGUGGGGUUUGGCCUCCUUUCCCUGCUUUGGGAGAUCCUUCAGGCCGGCUACAGGUGCGCCUGCGCCCGAGGCUUUCUCUGGAAACUCUGGGGGACUCUCCAAUGGGCUGUCUUCGCCGCCGCGGCCUUAGGGAUGUUUACCAUCAGCCUGGUUCCCUUCACCUACAUCGAGUACGAGUCGAACGGGAAGCUGUGGCCGAGCGUCCACCAGCUCUUCGGAGCUGUCGAUCGCUACCAGCUGGCAAACUCCUACGGGCUCUUUCGCCGGAUGACGGGGGUGGGCGGGCGGCCGGAGGUGGUGGUGGAAGGCAGCCACGACAAGGAAACGUGGACGGAGAUUGAGUUCAUGUACAAGCCGGGCAACGUCAGCGCAGCACCUCCGGUGGUGGCCCCUCACCAGCCCCGGCUCGACUGGCAGAUGUGGUUUGCCGCCUUGGGCCACCACACCCAGAGCCCCUGGUUCACCAGUUUCGUUUAUCGCCUCCUGCAGGGCAAGAAAGAAGUGAUCCAUCUUGUGCAGGUCGACGAGUCCAAAUACCCGUUCCACUCUCAGCCUCCCGCUUACAUCCGGGCCCAGCUGUACAAAUACUGGUUCACGACAGGCACAGAAGAUGGGGCCCUUCCUCAGCAAUGGUGGCAGAGGCAGCACGUGGGGGAGUUCUACCCCAUCGUCUUCCUGGGGGACACGCAGCUGGACUCCUUCCUGACCCAGUAUGGCCUUAAGGACAAGACUCCCCUGAAGCGGCCCUCGGACUCCCUUCUGCCUUCGGCCCUCCGGCUGGUGCGAGAGUACGUCCACCCUUACACCGGCCCCGCCUUGAUCUGGUCCCUCUACCUCACCGCGGCCCUCCUUUGCCUCCUGCGGGGCUUGCGGGGCUGGCUGCCGGGGGGCGGCCCCAGUGGCGGGAAGCACAAGGGCGGCAAGCAGCCGGAGGUGGGGGCGGAGGCUGGCGGUGGAGGGGACCAGGUUGGCGGCGAAAAGAACGGGCAGCUGAAGAAGGAAGCGGUGGAGAAAGCCAAGGGCCCAACGGAGCCCCCUGCGGAUGGGCCACGGAGUGUCAAAAAGAGAAAAUAG